AUGUGGCCUGCUUAUCAAUUUAUUGUAGUUUUAAGGGUUUCGAUGGUGAAUAUGAAUAUUUCAAGUAUUUUUCAAAGUAAUCUGACCAAUGAGCAUUUUAAAUAUAUUUUUCGUGUUUCUACCAAAUUCUUAUUAUUGUUGGGUUGUGAUCUUAAAGAAAAUAGAGAAUUCCACAAGCAAUAUUUUGAUAAACGUGGUAUAAUUAAAUAA